AUGGCGCUCAUGCCCGCGCUUCCGCAGCUUGUGCUUGCCAUCCUGUAUCUGACCAUCAACUCGCUCCUGACGACCUCCUUCCCAUCGCACGAGACCGCACUCUUCGCCAUGGGCUCACGCGCCCUCCGCGUUUCCUCCAACCCAUCUGGGAGACAGCCCACCAGCCUGUAUCUCACGCUGCCACCGCCCGUGUGGUGGAUGCUCUUGGCUGCAAGUAAUUACGAACUCGACCACUCAAUAAGAAAUAGCUUGCUGUGUUCACAUAUCGAUACAUACAACUUCUGUUCUCACUCACAGUCGACGACCUCUGAAUUACCGACCCUAGAUUAUCGACCUAGGCUACCGAUCCGCAAACGAUUACCGAUUAUGUCUUCCUACCUUUCUAGGGAAAAACGUGCGAGAGCAUCAUCUACCAGCUCCAGCUCCACCUUCCGGCAAGACCAAUCACCACGACAGCAACCAUAUCGCGGAAGCGUGCUUGAUGGCGCUGGCGAUCCGCUUGAGUCCAUCUCUAGUCUUUUUGACACCAGCAUGCUUGAUCCCGAUGGCACCAACGCCAAAAUCGCAGAAGCCGCAAAGGCAGGAUUGGACGACUUCGACCACACACCCCUGGACGAUACCAGUGCGCUUUGGGGGGAAGGUGCAGGCCAAAUCCACGACAAUGAGUCCGCCGAAGCUUCGACCGUUGGAUCUUUAGCUGGAGAAUAUGGAUCAGAGGAAGACGAGGAAGAAGAAGAUGCAGGCCAAUUCUUCGCCGCAGAGGCCGCCGAAGCUGGCUACGGCGGCCAGCCAAAUGACCUCCAGGGUGCACAACAGGGGACGCGAGCCUCGGAACACGGACAGGGCGAAGGCCCAGCCCACGUUUACGAGAAAGAACAGGCAACCGGUGGUCAAUAUGACGGCCAAGCGACCAUCGACCCCAGAAUUUUGAGCCUGCAUAGCGGCCAGAAUACUUUCGAUACGGGACUCAACCAGGCUGGUAGCAUUUACAAUAUCGGAGACCCUCCCAGCAAUGCGGCCGAGUCCUCGACAGCUCAUCAUGAACUUACCAGACAAGCUGCAGGCGAGCCGGGACAGUCGGAGGAGCGAGUCCCUAGAGCGCCUGGAGAGGACCCGUCAAGUGUGGUUCUAGCUGCCUCUUCGGCUAACGCUGCGCCCCCGAGCUCUAUCGAAUCCUUCGUGCCCGGCACAUACUACCCAGUACUAUCCAGAGUUCAGUACGAGUUAUGGUGCCCGAACUGUCAGCAGGUCAAGUACAACGACCAAUUCUAA